UUCCUGUAUUGUGUUGUCUAUUGAGAGGAUGAACGUAUCAUUGUCCCAUCAGCAGGUUCUCCGAUUACAGCUCCUAUCAAAUCACUGCUCACCUCAAAGUGCAGGUAUAUAAAGUCGAGCAACACCAGCGGCUCAAGACCUACAUCUUCUUACUGACACCUGAACGUCGGCAAAAGAGGGAUCAACAAUGCGUGAAUGUAUCUCCAUACAUGUGGGCCAAGCUGGGGCUCAGAUUGGCAAUGCAUGUUGGGAGCUUUACUGUCUGGAACACGGCAUUCAGCCAGAUGGCCAAAUGCCCUCUGAUAAAAUAAUCGGAGGUGGGGAUGACUCCUUCAACACUUUUUUCAGUGAGACGGGAGCAGGGAAACAUGUCCCAAGAGCCAUCUUUGUCGACCUGGAGCCCACUGUUAUUGAUGAGGUACGUACGGGUACAUACCGUCAGCUAUUCCAUCCAGAACAGUUAAUCACAGGGAAGGAAGAUGCGGCCAACAACUAUGCCCGUGGUCACUACACCAUUGGCAAGGAGAUCAUUGAUCUGGUUUUGGACAGGACUCGCAAACUGGCUGAUCAAUGCACAGGCUUGCAGGGAUUCCUCAUCUUCCACUCCUUUGGUGGAGGCACCGGCUCUGGUUUCACCUCCCUCCUCAUGGAGCGUCUGUCUGUUGAUUACGGAAAAAAAUCCAAGCUUGAAUUUGCAAUCUACCCAGCCCCUCAGGUGUCCACAGCAGUUGUAGAGCCCUACAAUUCCAUUUUGACCACUCACACCACCCUUGAGCAUUCCGACUGCGCCUUCAUGGUAGACAAUGAAGCCAUCUAUGACAUCUGCCGCAGGAACCUUGACAUUGAAAGGCCAACCUACACCAACCUUAACAGGCUGAUUGGCCAGAUAGUUUCUUCGAUCACAGCCUCUCUUCGCUUUGACGGAGCCCUGAAUGUUGAUCUGACAGAGUUCCAGACCAACUUGGUGCCCUACCCUCGUAUCCACUUCCCUCUGGCUACAUAUGCCCCAGUCAUCUCUGCAGAGAAGGCCUACCACGAGCAGCUUUCUGUAGCCGACAUCACCAACACCUGCUUUGAGCCCGCCAACCAGAUGGUCAAGUGCGACCCUCGUCAUGGUAAAUACAUGGCCUGUUGUCUGCUGUAUCGUGGUGAUGUCGUCCCAAAAGAUGUCAACUCUGCUAUUGCCGCCAUCAAAACCAAACGCAGCAUCCAGUUUGUGGAUUGGUGUCCCACUGGUUUCAAAGUGGGCAUCAACUACCAGCCUCCAACUGUGGUUCCUGGAGGAGAUCUGGCCAAAGUGCAGAGGGCAGUGUGCAUGCUAAGCAACACCACAGCCAUCGCUGAGGCCUGGGCCCGCCUGGAUCACAAGUUUGAUCUGAUGUACGCCAAGAGGGCUUUUGUGCACUGGUAUGUGGGAGAGGGAAUGGAGGAAGGAGAGUUCUCAGAGGCCAGAGAGGAUAUGGCAGCCCUGGAGAAGGAUUAUGAAGAAGUGGGUGCAGACAAUAUAGGAGAGGAGGAUGAAGGAGAGGAAUAUUGACUCAAAGACACAAGAAGAAUAAUUUUAAGAGGUUUAGUUUUUGAUCAGUUAGGCCUAGUCGUGCUUGUCCUAUGACAGCAUAUUCUGCAGAGAUUCUUUCUUUUUUGUGUCAGACUCUUUUGUGCACCACCCCCACACUUAUUCCCCCACAUGUGGAAUGUCAGUUAUGAAAGGGCUCCAAUGUCAGCUUCUAUGUACCAUUCAGCUGUGACGCUGAAUGUUAGAGUGAGAAAAUAACCUUAGUGUCUGCUGUUUAUCUGUGUAGUUCCUACUGUAGUAACAAGUCAAUUCUACAAAACUUAUGCUACAGUACAUACACAGUGAUAAGGAAAUGGCUGAACCAAUUUGAGUGAGUAAAAAUCUAAACUACA